AUGGCGCCGUCGCUGUGGAAGGGGGUGGUGGGCCUUGGCCUCUUUGCCCUAGCCCAUGCAGCCUUUUCCGCUGCGCAGCAUCGUUCUUAUAUGCGAUUAACAGAAAAGGAAGAUGAAUCACUACCAAUAGAUAUAGUGCUUCAAACACUUCUGGCCUUUGCAGUUACCUGUUACGGUAUAGUUCAUAUCGCAGGGGAGUUUAAAGAUAUGGAUGCCACAUCAGAACUGAAAAAUAAGACAUUUGAUACAUUAAGGAAUCAUCCAUCAUUUUAUGUAUUUAAUCAUCGUGGUCGAGUACUGUUCCGGCCUUCCGAUCCAGCAAAUUCUUCAAACCAAGACGCCUUGUCCUCUAACACAUCGUUGAAGUUAAGAAAACUCGACUCACUGCGUCGUUAA